AGUGUGGUGAGGCAGCUGAUUGGUUGACGUUCAUCAUCCUAGCUCCACAAUGGCCAAAAACUGUUGUCAAUCAAAACAGCUAAUCGUUUGUGUUUUCUUUCAACACGCCUGUCACAUAAGUGGGCGUUUCAUAUCAGCGUCGGUUGUUGAUAGUGGAGGCUUUCUUAGUCGCCCAGCUUUUUCAGCGAUGUUUAUCCCUACUCAUGAGGAAGACAUGCACCAUUUUAAACCGAAUCGACACAGGUUCUACACAACGCGAUGCUGUGGGUGUUGCCAUGUCAGGACGGGAACCAUCAUUCUCGGCACUUGGUACAUGGUGGUGAACCUGUUGAUGGGCAUCCUGCUGACUGUGGCCGUGACCCACCCAGAGAAUGUGCCCACCGUCGACUUGCAGUAUGAGGUCAUUGAGCACUACUUUAGCCACACCUUCCAAGGAGAGGGGAAUGUCCUUAAGGAGAAUGCCUGUGUGGGAUUCGCCAUCUCUCUGCUGAUGCUCACUAUCAGCGCCAUGAUGGUCUAUGGAGCCAUUACUCAUCGUGACGGCUGGCUUAUCCCGUUCUUUUGCUACCAGCUCUUUGACUUUGCUCUAAGUUGCCUGGUGGCCAUCAGCUCCCUCACCUACCUGCCCAGGAUAAAGGACUACUUGAAGGAGCUGCCAGACUUCCCCUACAAGGACAACCUGCUCUCCAUGGACUCCAGCUGCCUGCUGCUCUUCGUCCUCGUCUUCUUCACCUUUCUCAUCAUCAUGAAGGCUUACCUGAUCAACUGCGUGUGGAAUUGCUACAAGUACAUCAACAACAGGAACUUGCCGGAGAUCGCCGUCUACCCUGCCUUUACGGCGCCUCCCCAGUACAUCUUGCCCACCUACGAGAUGGCAAUGAAGAUGCCAGUUAAAGAGCCCCCUCCCCCCUACAUGCCUGCCUGAAGACCCCCCUCGUGUGUGUGUGUGUUGCCUCCCACAGCUCGCCAUUUUUAACCCAGCAGUGCAUUUCUAGAGAGGGAUCAUCUUUAAAGGCCCAGUGCAGUCAAAUGUGAUUUCCCUGUUUUUAUAUACAUUUCUACACUGAGGUUGGAGUAAUACUGUGAAAAUGAUAAGGCCCUUCAAGUUUCAAGUUGUAUUGGUUGUAUUUAUGUGAUACACGGAAUGCUUCCUUACAGGUUCCUUCUCGACAAUGCAACAAUAAUAACAAUAAAAGAGAAGAAUACUAAAAGUAUAAAUGGCUCAGUUGAAUAACAUUUUUUGAAUGAUUAUAGUACAGGAAGGCACAAAUUAUAGUCCAAUAUGUGUGUUUUGGGGGCAAGUGGUUAAACGGUGUAAUAUUUGGCCCUUUUAGUAUAAGAGCUGUUUGAAAGCGUGCCUAAAAUGUUUGCCUGUUUUGGUGGGAUGGAGUUUUGGCCUUCCAUGGUGACAAACUUCUUUGCCUUAAGAGGUAAAUGUUCAGUUCUCCACUCAGACCACUCCAACAGUCCUAGCAAAAUUCUUGCUUGGGAAAUUGCUCUUUGCUAAGAAGCAGUUUUUGUUUUCAAUUAAAAUGGUCAAAAACAAUCACUGUAAGGUGCUUAAUUGUUACCCAGAAAUGAUUUAAUAUUUAGAUAAAAACAACUGUAUUGGAGCUUUCAAUGAUGUCUUAGUAAAAAAAAUAUAUAUAUUAGUGAAAGUACCAUCGCGUGAAUGCCUAUCACCAGUUCAUCUUUAGAAUAAACACCAUCCUUUCCUUAUAGAUUUGAUAUUGUGUGACUCAAAAAAAUAAACAUUCUUAAGACAAUCCACUUAUGAUCUCUUAUUGUUGAAUCAGUUUUUUUUGUCCAGAGUUUGACGGGGACAUCUGUAGCAGUUCUCUUCGUCCCUUUAUUUAUUUAGCCUUGGAUGUCCAUCAGUUAAUCCGCCACCUGUGUGCCAUGUCCAUUAUCCGCCGCCUUCUGUGUGACCCUGCGUUGUUAGCUUAGUUAAGCUAGUGAAUUGUGUUGCAGUUAAAUUACCUGAUGCUGCUCGUUAAAGGGAAAGUACACUCCAAAACCAAAAGUUGUCAAGAUGAGUCUUAUUUUGUCUCAACGGAGGUCUGAAAACAUCUGAUAAAUGUUGGUUUUGGAAUGGAUUGUCCUGUUUAAGGAGAGAGAUGCCUUAUCAGGAAAGUGGAGGGAAUAAAUGGCUUUGUGAACAGUGGGGGAUGCAUGCUACUCUUUCUGCCCUUUUCUUUACCUUGUGUUUUGAUCCUUGUGAAAAACACAUUCAAUAAACAUUUGUAUUCAUCACC